CGCCCGACUAGCAUGGUGCGGCGGCCGCGCGCGCCGACAUGGGGGAGAAGCUGGAGCUGAGGCUCAAGUCGCCCGUGGGGGCCGAGCCCGCCGUCUACCCGUGGCCGCUGCCGGUCUACGACAAACACCACGAUGCUGCUCACGAAAUCAUCGAGACGAUCCGGUGGGUGUGCGAAGAAAUCCCGGACCUCAAGCUGGCCAUGGAGAAUUACGUCUUGAUCGAUUACGAUACGAAAAGCUUUGAGAGCAUGCAGAGGCUCUGCGACAAGUACAACCGGGCCAUCGACAGCAUCCACCAGCUGUGGAAGGGGACCACGCAGCCCAUGAAGCUGAACACGCGGCCGUCCAACGGGCUCCUGCGGCACAUCCUGCAGCAGGUGUACAACCACUCCGUGACCGACCCCGAGAAGCUCAACAACUACGAGCCCUUCUCCCCCGAGGUGUACGGCGAGACGUCCUUUGACCUGGUGGCACAGAUGAUCGACGAGAUCAAGAUGACCGAGGACGACCUGUUCGUGGACCUGGGCAGUGGUGUGGGCCAGGUGGUGCUGCAGGUCGCGGCGGCCACCAACUGCAGGCAUCACUACGGCGUGGAGAAAGCCGACAUCCCGGCCAAGUACGCGGAGACCAUGGACCGAGAGUUCCGGAAGUGGAUGAAAUGGUACGGGAAAAAGCAUGCAGAGUACACACUGGAAAGAGGCGACUUCCUCUCGGAAGAGUGGAGGGAGCGAAUCGCCAACACGAGUGUUAUAUUUGUGAAUAACUUUGCCUUUGGUCCUGAGGUGGAUCACCAGCUGAAGGAGCGGUUUGCAAACAUGAAGGAAGGUGGCAGGAUCGUGUCCUCGAAGCCCUUUGCCCCCUUAAACUUCAGAAUCAACAGCCGCAACUUGAGUGACAUUGGCACCAUCAUGCGGGUGGUGGAGCUGUCGCCGCUGAAGGGCUCCGUGUCGUGGACGGGGAAGCCGGUGUCCUACUACCUACACACUAUCGACCGCACCAUACUUGAAAACUAUUUCUCUAGUCUGAAAAAUCCCAAACUCAGGGAGGAGCAGGAGGCCGCCCGGCGGCGGCAGCAGCGGGAGAGCAAGAGCAGCGCGUCCACGCCCACCAAGGCCCCCGAGACCAAGGCGGCCGCGCCCCGGCCCCGCCCCCAGGACUCCGGUGCUGAGGACGAGAAAGCCGCGACGGCCGCCGUCAAGAAGCCGUCGCCCUCCAAGGCGCGCAAGAAGAAGCUGAACAAGAAGGGGCGCAAGAUGGCGGGCCGGAAGCGGGGGCGCCCCAAGAAGCUGAGCGCCUCGCACCCCGAGCGCAAGCCCCGCAAGGGCCAGACGCCGCUGGAGCUGCUGCACGCGCAGGCCGAGCCGCCCGCCGCCUCGCCCUCGCCCCAGGACGCCUACAAGUCGCCCCACAGCCCCUUUUACCAGCUACCUCCCAGCGUGCAGCGCCAGCCCCCCGACCAGCUGCUGCUGGCCCCCACCCCGCCCGCUCUGCAGAAGCUGCUUGAGUCCUUCAAGGUCCAGUACCUGCAGUUCCUGGCCUACACCAAGACGCCGCAGUAUAAAGCCAACCUGCAGCAGCUGCUGGACCAGGAGAAGGAGAAGAACGCCAGGCUCCUGGGCGCCGCGCAGCAGCUGCUCGGCCACUGCCAGGCCCAGAAGGACGAGAUCCGGAGGCUCUUUCAGCAGAAGCUGGACGAGCUGGGCGUGAAGGCGCUGACCUACAAUGACCUGAUCCAAGCGCAGAAAGAGAUCUCGGCGCACAACCGGCAGCUGCGCGAGCAGACGGAGCAGCUGGAGAAGGACACGCGGGCGCUGCGGGGCCAGAGUCUGCAGCUGCUCAAGGCCCGGUGCGAGGAGCUGAAGCUGGACUGGUCCACGCUGUCGCUGGAGACGCUGCUGAAGGAGAAGCAGGCGCUCCGGAGCCAGAUCUCGGAGAAGCAGCGGCGCUGCCUGGAGCUGCAGAUCAGCAUCGUGGAACUGGAGAAGAACCAGCGGCGGCAGGAGCUCCUGCAGCUCAAAUCAUGUGGGCCCCCUGACGAGGGCCUGGGGCCACAGCCCGGCCGGCUGCCCCCCGAGCUGGACACCUCCAAGUUCUCCCUGGCGCCCUUCAGUGGCUUGAGCCCUGAGCUCUCCCUCAAUGGCCAUGCGGCGGGCUACGAGCUGUGUGGGGCACUCAGCCGGCCCCCAUCCAAGCAGAACACCCCGCAGUACCUGGCGUCACCCCUGGACCAGGAGGUGGUGCCCUGCACCCCCAGCCACGGCGGCCGGCCUCGCCUCGACAAGCUGACAGGCCUGGCCCUGCCCGACUACACCCGCCUGUCGCCAGCCAAGCUGGUGCUGCGGCGACACCUGAGCCAGGAACCCGCGGCCGGCGCCAAGGCCUCAGGCGAGCUGCACCCCCGGGCUGAGCACGCCAAGGAGACCGGGAGCCCCGGGCUGGCCAACGGCAUGAAGCUGAGCCCGCAGGACCCGUGGCCUGCGUCCCCCGGGGCCCUGCCCACAGCCGGGGAGAAGGGCAGCGAGAAGGGUCUGAAGGAGCGUGGCUCCAGCAGCAGCGGGGAGGCCAUCACCAGCCUGCCGGUCAGCAUCCCGCUGAGCACGGUGCAGCCCAGCAAACUGCCCGUCAGCAUCCCCCUGGCCAGCGUGGUGCUUCCCAGCCGUGCCGAGAAGAGAAGCACCCCCAGCCCGGUGCCCCAGGCCCGGGAGGCCUCCACACUGGACAAAGGAGGUACAGGCAGCAAAGGCCUGUCACAAGUGCCCGCAGGCUUCUAUGCGGGCUCAGUGGCCAUCAGCGGGGCCCUGGCGGGCAGCCCGGCCUCCCUGGUGCCCGGGGCCGAGCCUGCGACCUUCGAUGAGUCCUCCAGCUCAGGGAGUCUCUUUGCCACCAUGGGCUCUCGCAGCUCCACCCCGCAGCACCCGCCACUGCUGGCGCAGUCCCGGGGCGCGGGCUCCAUCUCCCCAGCCCACCAGCUCUGUGCCAGCCCCCGGCUCGGCGGCGGCCUCCAGGGCCCCCUGCCGGACCCCAGCAAGGGGGAGCUUCCAGCGGAGGCCAGCUGCUCAGACCCCGAGAGUGACACCAAGCGACGGAUCGUCUUCACGCUGGCAGGCGGCGCCAAGCAGUCACCCUCCCACAAGCACAGCGGGCUGCCCGCAGGCGCCCCGGGCCAUGGGCCCGACAGCCGCAAGCGAGGCCGCAGGAAGAGGGCGGCGGCAGCGGGCACCCCCAGCCUGAGCUCGGGCGUGUCCCCCAAGCGCCGGGCCCUGCCGGCCGUCGCCGGCCUCUUCUCACCGUCGUCGGGCUCCCCGCUGAACCUCAACUCCAUGGUCAGCAACAUCAACCAGCCCCUGGAGAUCACCGCCAUCUCGUCCCCCGAGAGCUCGCUCAAGAGCUCCCCCAUUCCCUACCAGGACGACCAGCCCCCCGUGCUCAAGAAGGAGAAGCCGCUGGGCCCCAGCAACGGCGCCCAGUACUCGCCGCUCACCUCGGACGAGGAGCCGGGCUCCGAGGACGAGCCGGCCAGUGCCAGGAUCGAGAGGAAGAUCGCAACCAUCUCAUUGGACAGCAAGUCGCCCCCAAAGUCCUUGGAAAAUGGUGGCAGCGUGACAAGCAGGAAGGUCACCCCGGUGGGCGAGCCGGUCAACAGCAGCAAGUGGAAGGCCACCUUCUCACCCAUCUCGGACCUCGGCCUGCCCAAGGCCGCUGACAGCCCCCUGCAGGCGGGCACGGCGCUGUGCCAGGGCUCCCUGUUCGCCUUCCGGUCCCCGCUGGACGACGCGGCCGCCGAUCCCAAGCUGGCUGCGCACUCGCGGAAAGGCUUCUCUGGCCCUCUGGCGACGGGGGGCCUCAGCCCUAGCAACCCCCCCAACGGCUUCGCCUUCGCCGACCUCAGUUUACACAGCUUCAACGAUGGUGCUGGGCUGGCCCUCAAGGGCCCCGAGGCCGCCGGCCUGAGCGCCCCGCUCAGCUUCCCCGGCCCCCGCGGCAAGGAGGGCGCUGCCGAGUCGGGCUCCUUCCUGAACAAGAGACAGCUGGACGGACUGGGGGGGCCCAAGGGUGAAGCCGGCAAGGGCAAGGAGGCCGCCGAGCCGGGCCCACCCUCCGGCGGGGCCCCCGACAAGCAGGCCCUGGCGCAUGGGGCCAAGGCCGGCCGGAGUCGCGACCGGGACCGCGAGGCGGACUUCAAGGGCGGCCCCAACCUCUUCAUCUCUGCCGCUGCAGUUCCCCCUGGGGGCCUCCUCAGCGGCCAGGGCCUCAGCACGGCGACGUCGACCGCGGCGGGCAGCGCGGCCACCUCGGCGCAGACGCACCGGCCCUUCCUGGGCACCUUCGCGCCCGCGCCGCAGUUCGCCCUGGGCCCCAUGUCCCUGCAGGCCAACCUGGGCUCGUCUGUGCUCCAGUCCCUGUUCAGCUCCGUGCCCGCCGCCGCGGGCCUGGUGCACGUCUCGUCCGCCGCCACCAGACUGACCAACUCGCAUGCCAUGGGCAGCUUCUCCGGGGUGGCCGGCGGGGCCGUCGGAGGUGUCUUUAACCACGCGGUGCCUUCCGCCUCCUCGCAGCCGUUCGGAGCCAGCUUCGGCAGUGGGGCUGCAUGCCACAGCGCCGCGCUGAGCUUGGCCCCGCUGCAGGCCGUGGCCGCCGCCCCCGCCGCUUCCUUUCAGGGCCCGGCCCCCGCCGACCCGCGGCCGCCCCCGCCUCCGCCAGCUCCGCACCCGGGCCGGCCCCCGCCGGGGCCGCCCCCGCCCCGCGCUCCCGGCCCCCCUAACGCUGCCUUGCCUCCCGCCCCCGCGCUGCUGGCGUCUAACUCGGAGCCUGUGCUUCUGCAGAGCCUCGCGCCCCGCCCGCCUAACCAAGCUUUCUUGCCCCCCGCUUCUGCCGCCUCGCUGCAGCCCGCUAACGCCUCUUUGUCCAUCAAGCUCGCCUCCCUCCCGCACAAGGCCCCCCGCCCCUCCUUCACGGUGCACCACCAGCCUCUGCCCGGGCUGGCCCUGGCGCCGGCCGCGCCCGGGAUCCCGCCCGGCAGCAGCGCGGGGCCGCCCGCCGUGUGGGUUUCCCUGGGCAUGCCGUCUCCGUAUGCCCCGCGCCUCGCGGGGGUUAAGCCGCGCUAAAGACUUGCUUAGCU